AUGUCUGGUCUUGACGAGCCCGAGGGCUCUAAGCCUUACGUUGUGUUCGGAUACGGGUCCUUGAUAUUCAAGCCUCCGCCGCACACCAUCAAGCAGACUCCAGGAUAUUUGAAAGGUUAUGUACGACGGUUUGCUCAGAAAUCUCACGAUCACCGGGGUACUCCGGAGAAUCCGGGACGAGUGGUCACGAUCAUCCACCAAGAAGACUGGCAGGCGUUCUCCGGAUCGGACCCGUUCCCACAUGAAGACGUGGCAUGGGGUGUUGCCUACACUAUAGAUCCUCUUUACGCCGCAGAAGUCAGGGACUACCUAGACUAUCGUGAAAAGGAUGGCUAUACUAUGGAACAAGUGAAUCUUUAUGGCGUCGUGGACGGCAAAGAGACAGUCAUCAUACAUGAUUGCGUGUGUUAUGUGGGACGAAACGACAACCCUUCCUUCGUCGGCUCGGAACCUCUCGACGACCUGGCAAAGACGAUAUGGUCUAGUGUGGGCCCAUCCGGUCCCAACAAGGAGUACAUGCUUAAUCUGGCUUCCGCUGUACGUGAGCUUGCACCCGAGUCUCACGACUCGCACCUGGCCGCUCUUGAGGAGCGCAUACGCGCACUUGACAGAGCUUCUCAAGCAUAG